AUGCCGCCCCGCCGCGCUCAGGCGUCCGGGGCGCAGCUGCUGCUCGCGCUGGCCCCGCUGCUGCUGCUGCUGCUCUACUCCGGGCCCCGCAGCGGCUGCCUGGCCAGCCCGGUGCCCGCCGCGCCCCUGCCCGCGCCCGGGCCGUGCGCCGCGCAGCCCUGCCGGAACGGGGGCGUGUGCACCCCGCGCCCCGCGCCCGGCCAGCAGCACCCGGCCCCCUCCGGCGAGCCCGGCUACAGCUGCACCUGCCCCGCCGGGGUCUCCGGCGCCAACUGCCAGCUUGUUGCAGAUCCUUGCGCCAGCAACCCUUGUCACCAUGGCAACUGUAGCAGCAGCGGCAGCAGCGACGGCUACCUCUGCAUCUGCGAUGCAGGCUAUGAAGGUCCCGACUGUGAACAGGCUCUUCCCAGUCUUCCAGCCUCGAGCUGGACCGAGUCCACGGCGCCCAGACAGCUUCAGCCUGUCUCUGCCACCCCGGAGCCCGACAUAAUCCUUCCACGCUCUCAGGCAACCGAGACCCUGCCAACCUGGCAGCCGAAAACAGGGCAGAAAGUUGUAGAAAUGAAAUGGGAUCAAGUGGAGGGACUUUCUGUUCACAUCAUUCCUGUUUUCAGGAUUCGGCAAGAUGCCACUGCUUCGUUGAUUUUGCUGUGGAAGGUCACGGCCACGGGAUUUCAACAGUGCUCCCUCAUAGACGGACGGAGUGUGACCCCUCUCCAGGCUCCAGGGGGCCUUGUUCUCCUGGAGGAGAUGCUCGCCUUGGGGAAUAAUCACUUCAUUGGUUUUGUGAAUGAUUCUGUUACUAAAUCUAUUGUGGCUUUGCGCUUAACUCUGGUGGUGAAGGCCAGCACCUGUGUGCUGGGGGAGAGCCACGCAAGUGACUUGGAGUGUUCAGGAAAAGGAAAAUGCACCUCGAAGCCAUCAGAGGCAACUUUUUCCUGUACCUGUGAGGACCAGUACGUGGGUACUUUCUGCGAAGAAUACGACGCCUGCCAGAGGAAACCUUGCUACAACAACGCGAGCUGUAUUGAUGCAAAUGAAAAGCAAGAUGGGAGCAAUUUCACUUGCGUUUGCCUUGCCGGUUAUACUGGAGAGCUUUGCCAAUCCAAGAUUGACUAUUGUAUCCUAGACCCAUGCAGAAAUGGAGCAACGUGCAUUUCUAGCCUCAGUGGAUUCACCUGCCAGUGUCCAGAAGGAUACUUCGGAUCUGCUUGUGAGGAAAAGGUGGACCCAUGUGCGUCGUCGCCGUGCCAGAACAAUGGCACCUGCUACGCGGACGGGGUGCACUUCACCUGCAGCUGCAGCCCGGGCUUCACGGGACCAGCCUGCGCCCAGCUCGUCGACUUCUGCGCCCUCAGCCCGUGCGCUCACGGCACGUGUCGCAGUGUGGGCACCAGCUACAAAUGCCUCUGUGAUCCAGGCUACCACGGCCUCUACUGCGAAGAGGAGUAUAACGAGUGCCUCUCCGCUCCGUGCCUGAAUGCUGCCACCUGCAGGGAUCUGGUGAACGGCUAUGAGUGUGUGUGCCUGGCGGAAUACAAAGGAACACAUUGUGAGUUGUACAAGGAUCCCUGCGCCAACGUCAGCUGCCUGAACGGAGCCACCUGUGACAGCGAAGGCCUGAACGGCACAUGCGUCUGUGCACCAGGGUUUAUAGACCUGCAGUGGAAGUCCGGACACAUGGCGGAGAGCCUUACCAACAUGCCUCGCCACUCCCUCUACGUCAUCAUCGGAGCCCUUUGCGUGGCCUUUAUCCUCAUGCUCAUCAUCUUGAUCGUGGGGAUUUGCCGCAUCAGCCGCAUCGAGUACCAGGGCUCUUCCAGGCCGGCCUACGAGGAGUUCUACAACUGCCGCAGCAUCGACAGCGAGUUCAGCAACGCGAUCGCGUCCAUCCGACACGCCAGGUUUGGAAAGAAAUCCCGGCCCGCGAUGUACGACGUGAGCCCCAUCGCCUAUGAGGAUUACAGUCCUGACGACAAACCCUUGGUCACGCUGAUUAAAACAAAAGAUUUGUAA